AUGCGUGUUCUCUGCCUCCACGGGAUGGGCACCAAUGCCGGCAUCUUUGAAACGCAAACAGAAAUCUUCCGCAAUCUCCUGCCCAAGCACUUGGACUUUGAAUUCUUCGACGCCGACCAUGAAAUUGAGGCCGCAGACGGUGUGGGAGAUAUCUUCCCCGGCCCAUACACAUGUUGGUACCCUGUACCCACCAACACCAACGUUCAAGACGCCCAUCACUUUGUCUGGGAUGUCAUCGAGCAAGAAGGGCCCUUCGAUGCUGUGAUGGGAUUCAGUCAAGGAGCCGCUUUGGCGGCCUCUGUCAUCUUGACCCAUCGGAUCGAGCAUCCCCGUGAGCCGGCGCCGUUCAAGCUUGCCGUGUUCAUCUGCGGUAGUUUGCCAUACUGCCUGGAUGACAAGAGAGGGGUCGAUGUCGCAAGUCUGUUUGCGCAAUAUUCUCCUUCAGGAGAAGUGGACUUUAUCAAGUACCGUCCCACUUCGGAUGACGGUAGUGCCCGGGCUCGACCAUUGCUGCAGCAGACCCAGACCACCAGGAGUAACGAUGGCCGAUCCAUUGCCGACUUGGUCGACGCAUUCGACAACCUGUGGCUCAAGGAAGUAAAGAAAGAUGAUACAACCCUGUCAAUUGUCCCCGUUUCGCCAUCCGCAUUCGAUAGCGAGCCAGCCUCACCCACUGACUCGGACUCGGCCAUCUUCUCCCCGACCAGCGGCUACAGCACACCUCUCACUCCCUCUUCCAACAUUGGUGACGAGGGUUCCUGGUCCCCGAAACGGCCUUCAACCACCGAUUUGUCGUCGCCAGUGACAAUCCGCCGCUUCCACGCAGACGUGGACAAGAUCCGGAUCGAGAUCCCCACCGCUCACAUCUACGGUCGUACAGACCCAUAUAAUCGACAAAGCAAAGAGCUAGAGCGACUCUGUGAUCCGAAGUGGGCGACGGCAUAUGAGCAUCCUGAAGGCCAUGUCGUUCCUAGAAACCCGGUGGUGAAUGAUUGCAUUGCUGCUUGUGUGGAGAGGGCAAUGGCCGCGGUGGAGAUCUGCGGGAGAUGA